AUUUAGUUCUGGAGAAGCAGUGGAGGAGCUGAAGACACAGAGCUGAUCUACUGAGAGUUCAUCAGGAGCUGGUUUACGAGGACAAAGUUUUUGUCCAGGAUGAAGACUGUUGGGGUUGUUGUGUUGAUGAUGGGUCUACAUCAGAUCUCAUUUUCUUCUGCUCAGGACUGCCCGUCCACUCAUGAUCUCCUGAACUCGCUGCGACAGGUGGAGAAGAUGUUAGCAGUACACGAGGCAUCUUACCAGCAGGGCCUGCGCUCCCUCAAAAAGAAGAUAAGUGCUCUGCACAACAGCACCAUGGUCAUCUUUAAAAGCGGCAAAAACGCCUCCUGCCCCAAACCAGAACCCCCCACUCAUGGUCGCAGACUGGGCAGGGUGUUCGGUAUCGGACAUGAGGUCCACUUCCUGUGCAAACCCGGCUACGAGCUGAUUGGCCCUCGCACCCGAGUGUGUCUGGAGUCUGGGAAGUGGAGCGGCCAGCAGCCCAUGUGUAGACGCCUCAACAUCACCACCAACUCCUUCUCUCCUGUUGCUCCCUCCUCGUCUUCCUCCUCCUCCUCCUCUUUCCAUGCCUCUGCAGCUUCAUCCUCUCCCUCCUCCUCCUCUGUCCGACCCUCUCACUGCACACACUUUCUGGGCUCCACCCGCUGCACCUGUGAUGUGGGUUUCACCAUAUCAGGCCGUGACAACAACAUCUGCACAGAUAUCGAUGAGUGUCAUCUGUUCCCUCUGAGUCAGCCCGGUCGGCUCUGCGUUCAUCAGUGUGUAAACACACCUGGAAGCUUUCACUGCUUCUGUCCAGACGGCUACGACCUGGCCCAAGGUGGCCGCAGCUGCACAGACAUCAACGAGUGUGAAAACCAGAUGCAUAACUGCACAGCAGACCAGGUGUGUGUGAACACUUUCGGAGGUUUUCAGUGUGUGGCAGUGGAGUGUCCUCAGGUGAAAAAUGCCACAUACAUCAAGACGUCACCAAUGCGCUGUGAGAGGAACCCGUGCAUGAUGGGAGACAUGGCCUGCAUUCAAGCACCAAGCUCCAUCUCCUUCCAUUUCCUGUCUGUGGUGUCCAACAUGUCUGCACCUCGCGUCCUUUUCCGGGUGUCUGCGGCUCGUGUUCUGGGUGACACGCUGCGAUUUGGCCUGGCGGGUGGUCAUGGGCGGGGUCACUUUAGCGUGCAGCGCUCGGGCCGGCAGACCGGCACCCUCCUCCUGGUGACACCUAUCAAGGGUCCAGCUAAUCUGGAGGCCGAAGUGGAGAUGAGCGAGCUGGAACGCAACACUCUGCUGGGCCGCUACCUCACCAAGGUCACCCUGUUUGUCUCUCCAUAUGAGUUUUAGUGGGGAGGGUUAAGAAGUGGGUGGGGGUUCAAACUUCACCAGGAUUAGCCAGGGUUUGUUUAGCCAGUUUACCUUGUAAGGAGCAAUUUAGUCUAACUGAAAUCAAAGAAGUCACCUCCUUUAUUAAUUAAAAAAACAUUUAAAAAAAUUAUCAAAUGAGUUUUAAAUGUUUAACGUGUACUGUUAUGGAAAACGUCCAGUCACAGCAGACAGAGGCACUCAAUCCAACAUCUUCAUCAAAGGUAUCAUGACAGUGGCUUUGUGAGCUGAAGUACUAUGCAGACAAUAUACUAGCUUGCUUAUUGCCUAACCAGCGUGGUCACACAGUUCAGUCGAAACCACCCUACAGACUACCUGAAUGAGCUACCAGGCUGCCAUAGCUUCUUCUGCUUGCUGUCAAACAGCUGCAACUUCAUGUGUCAAGUUCACCACAGUCGAGCUGGACCGUGCAAGAUUUACUUAAGUACUACAACCAAAUCAACUAAAUGCUACGAGCUCACUGAAAUAAACUCAGCUUGCUACAAAUUUUCAUUCAUUCAUUGUUAAAUGCUGUCACUGAACCAUCAGCUACUAGGCUCUGAGUCUGCAGCAGACCGCUAGGUUUGGUGACGACUCAACAUAAACUUAAGAUGGAAAAUAUGAACGACUUUGUUCAGUGAUUUUGUGCAUUUCUUUCAUUUUGGUGAAGUGAUGGGAACACUACUCACGCAGCUCCAAAUGUACAUCAGUUGGUGAGACAUUGUGAUCCAAAGUCACGUUAGUUUGUACUGAAGUGAACACAAAUUGAUGUUGACCUCAAAAUCAAUCUGUCCUCCCGUCAGGAGCUCAUUCACUCUGUCCUAGUCGAAGCUGUUGCAUUCAGUUCAGCACAAAACCAGCCGACACAACGUGUAAAGUUAACAGCUCAGCAGCUUAUUAUUGAAAACUGAGAUGUCGAUUAUCUCAGUGUCUGUGGAUUUUGUGGUCUUUUAAGAUACUUUUAACAAGGAACUAUUGUGAAUUACAGCUGACUUGAUGGCAGUGGUCUCAGGGCUCUUAGAAAUGUGUCACUUCAUUUAAUGAACACCUCUACAGCUCAUGGACCAGCUCAAGCAUAACUUCAUUUGCAUAGCACUCACAGAAAAAUUGAUAUUUGUGUUCAACUAUAAAUCUCACUUUUGUUGCUUUUUUUUUUGCAUGAUACUUUGUUUUGUGUUGUUUUUUUUCUCUGAGCAGUCCACAGGAAAUGGGAUUAAUAGAGACCCAGGCCAUGCUACAGCACAAAAAUCAUGGAAUUCAAUUUCAGUUAGACUUGAAAAUGUACAAAUAGUGUCGAUUGUGGACCCAAAAUAUGCAUUCUGACUUUUGCAAUGACGUCAUUUGUUGAAUUCUCCAUAACCUGUACACACCAUCAGGCUUUAACUGUGGCAGGAGGGGGUUUACCAAGGUGAGAUUUCUGUGCAAAAAAACAAAAGUAUGUCAAAAAAUAAAACAUGGUCAGACCAGGGAAUUGAUAUUAUAAUGCUGAUUCUUUAAAAUAAAUGUAAAAAAUGAACAGAUGUCUGACUGUACAGAUGAAGAGGUUUAUGUGCAGGAUGAAGAAUCUUAUUGCAAGUUUCUAGGUUUAAAGAAGGAAGAGUUGGGGGGUGAAACCACUGAGUGCUUUUGGCUUCUUUGUAGGUGACUUAAUCUGUUGAACUUCUUCUUUUCUGCGUGAAUUCUGUACAUAAUAUAGUUAAGUUCAAGUAGACCAAAGAUAUCUAGUGUUAGUACAGAGCAGUGCUUCUUCCAUUGGUCAAGAGAACAGCUGAUCUGCAGUUUUAAUCAUAGGAGCAGCAUGACAGCAAGUCAAACAGCAACCUAAUGUACAAACUCAGACUAAAGAAACGAGAUGUGUUUUCAUUAUUUUCACUGUCACUUUAAUGUAUGUAAGCUCACUGCAUCAAAAAGAGAUCAAGAAAUUUAGAAACUUUAAUUUAAUGACUCUCUCUUUCACAAGCUUAUGAUAAACAGUCUUAUCAUACAGUCCUGAUCUCACAAGCAUGAUAAAACUAUCUCAUAAUGACAAGACAAUGUACGAUAGGUUAAAUGGGCCAUAACUGAAACACGUAAGAACUUACCUGAGCAUCAUCAGGUUUUCAAGAUGCAUUCACUAUCAAAGUAUCCUGUGAUAUGUGCAGUACAUCCUACGCUGCACAGCAAAAAGAAACUGUUAACAGCUAAUUCGGCAGACUCCAUUUAUCUCCAUUUCGCCUUAAAGCAGUGCUCUUAUUGCAGCCCACACUAAAUCUCUGUUCCACUCCCUGUCCAAUUACACGAUUCUACGUGGUGAAUGCAAUACAUGUCUGCACAUUACCUGACAGAUGAUCUUGGUUUUAAUGGAUAUUUUGUCACCUUUAAAAUCCACACCUUUAAAAGUAAAAAACAGUGAAGAGGUUGUCCCAGUUUGUGCCCCUUAUGUAUUAUCAUCACAUUCAAGUCAACGCUACACAUCUAUUCAAGUAUUGUAGGAAGAUUGGUAAAAGAUCAUUUUAGACACCUGUCAUGCUCGGGAAAUUAAAAACAGUCCCAACUUGACAAACAGGCACUCUAAAACACUUUUCAACAGGUAUAUUUUUUUGUGAUCCAAACAAUUGAAAAAAUCUAUUCUUUUCUGGGAAUGCUUUCCAAAUAACAACAAAUGUGUUGUUUUUUUUGAAAAAGGAGUUAGAUCUGUAGCUUGAAUGUGUUGAUGAUGAUGACUUAUGGGAGGCACAAACUGCGGCUAUGAAUGAGUCAGUAUAUUUGCCAUUUCUUUCUUAAAACUGUAAUAUUUUUGCUGAUAUUCUGUUAGUGUACUUCAGUCGUGUAUUUACAUUUGUAUUCGGAUUAUAUUGCUAAACGUUUUCUGUUCAGCACAGAAUAAACAUGUUUCUCCCAA